AUGGACGAGCUAUUCGACGUCUUCGACGCCCAGCCCGAUGCGGCGCCCGAGUCGCCGAGCGAACCCGAGCCCUCUCAAUCUCAGCCGCAAAGGUCGCGUAAGAAGGAUAAGAAGAGCAAGAAGCGAAAUGCCGAUGGUGGGAUGAAGAAUGGUGUCACGCCUAAACAGGACGAGGACGCCGCCAUGCCCGAUGCCGAUGACACCUCCAAGGAUGGAGACGAAGCCGAGGAUGCGGCCGCCACUUCAGAUGAUCAGCAUGAAAGCCAUAAGCGCAGGAAGAAGGAGGACGAGGCCCAGCCUGUUCUGACAGAUACCUUCCAAACUGCCGAGUCUAGAGAGGUCGCUGGCGCCGCGACCUUUACACAGGCCCAGGAUGAAUCCCUCGUUCUCUCCCACAACAUCCAGCACCAGGUGGCUCUUCCCCCCGACCUAGACUACGAGUAUAUUCCUCUCUCUGAGCACAAGCCUCCUGCGGAGCCUGCGCGCAAGUAUAACUUCAAGCUUGAUCCUUUCCAGAGCUUGUCCGUCGCUUCGAUUGAGAGAGAGGAGAGCGUUCUGGUAUCCGCCCACACGUCUGCUGGAAAAACUGUUGUUGCCGAGUACGCGAUUGCUCAAUGUUUGAAGCGCAACCAGCGAGUCAUCUACACGAGUCCCAUCAAGGCACUCAGUAACCAAAAGUACCGAGACUUCGAAGCGCUAUUCGGCGACGUCGGCCUCAUGACUGGUGAUGUCACGAUCAAUCCUACUGCCAGCUGUUUGGUUAUGACCACCGAGAUUUUGCGGUCUAUGUUGUACCGUGGCUCUGAAAUCAUGCGCGAAGUUGCUUGGGUUGUCUUUGACGAGAUCCACUACAUGCGAGACAAGACGAGAGGUGUAGUUUGGGAGGAAACCAUCAUUUUGCUGCCCGAUAAGGUUCGCUACGUCUUUUUGUCCGCUACGAUCCCGAACGCUUUCCAGUUCGCCGAGUGGAUUGCCAAGAUCCAUCACCAGGCAUGUCACGUUGUUUACACCGAUUUCCGACCUACCCCCCUUCAAAACUACUUCUUCCCCGCCGGCGGCAACGGCAUUUUCUUGGUGGUCGACGAGAAGGGUGUUUUCAGGGAAGGCAACUUCCAGAAGACAAUGGCUCUCAUCGAACAGUCCAAGGGACAAGACCCCUCCAAUGCCAAUGCCAACUGGAAGGGCAAGGGUGCGAAGAAGAACACAUCCAAGGGUGGCCAGGCUGCGGACAUGAAGUCCGACAUUUCAAAGAUCGUCAGGAUGAUCAUGCAGAAGAGCUUUCAUCCCGUCAUCAUCUUCAACUUCAGCAAAAAGGAGGUUGAGAACCUGGCGCUGAACAUCUCCCACUUCCAAUUCAACAACGACUCCGAACAGGCCAUGGUCAAGACGGUCUUUAACAACGCUAUCCAAAGUUUGUCUGAAGCCGACCGUGAGCUCCCGCAAAUCCAGAACCUGCUCCCCCUUUUGCAGAAGGGUAUUGGUGUGCAUCACUCUGGACUUCUUCCCAUCUUGAAGGAGACUAUUGAGAUUCUAUUCCAAGAAUCCUUGAUCAAGGUCUUGGUUGCUACUGAAACCUUUUCUAUUGGUCUAAACAUGCCUGCGAAGACUGUUGUUUUCACUCAGGUUACCAAGUGGGAUGGUACCCAGCGGAGACCGCUGACCCCGUCCGAGUACAUCCAGAUGUCUGGUCGUGCUGGUCGUAGAGGUCUUGAUUCCCGUGGUAUUGUCAUCAUGAUGAUUGAUGACAAGAUGGAACCAGAUACUGCUCGCGCUAUUGUGGUCGGUGAGCAGGACCGCCUCAACUCCGCCUUUUAUCUUGGAUACAACAUGAUUCUCAACCUCUUGAGAAUCGAGGCCAUUUCCCCUGAGUUCAUGCUCGAGCGUUGCUUCCACCAGUUCCAGACCGGUGCCAGCGUUCCCACCCUGGAACGCGAGUUGGUGGCACUUCAGCAGGAAAGAGACAGCAUGUCUAUUGCCGACGAAGCCACCGUCAAAGACUACUACAACUUGCGUAAUCAGCUGGAGCAGUACACCAGCGACAUGCGGGCUGUCAUUCAACAUCCUGACUACUGCAUCGAUUUCAUGCAACCUGGCCGUCUUGUCAGAAUCCACGACCCCAAGAAGACCAACAACACCUUGGGUGGUGCUGACUUCGGCUGGGGUGUUGUUGCGGAUCUGGUGAAGCGUAGGGAGCGCAAGCAGGGAGAAGCCGAGUACCCUCCCCAAGAAUCAUACUUCAUUGACGUUAUGAUGGUUGUCGACCAGAAGAGCGCACCUGUCCCUGAAGGUGCCCGUCCUUCGACCACGGACAUGCCUAACGGACUGGUCCCAUACUCAAAGCCUGAGCAACCUGACAACGGGGCUCGCUUUGAGAUCAUUCCCUGCUUGCUGACCUGUGUUAAGGCCAUCAGCCAAAUCAGAGUCUUCAUGCCCAAGGACAUUAAGUCGCAAGCGGCUCUUGAAGAGGUCGGCCGCUCGCUCAGGGAGGUUCACAGACGAUUCCCUGACGGAGUGCCUCACCUCGACCCUAUUGAGAACAUGGGCAUCACCGACGACUCUUUCAAGGCUCUCAUGAGGAAGAUUGAGAUGUUGGAGGCUCGCCUCCUUACCAACCCGCUCCAUGGCUCACCUCUACUCCCCGAGCUUUACUUGCAAUACCGCGCCAAGGAGAAGUUGGGUGAGCAGAUCAAGGCCAAGAAGAAGGAGAUUGCUAGGCUUCACAGCAUCGCGCAGAUGGAUGAGCUCAAGGCCCGUAAGCGUGUCCUUCGCCGUCUUGGUUUCCUCAACGAAUCCGAGGUCGUUGAGCUCAAGGCUCGCGUCGCUUGCGAGAUUUCCUCCACCGAAGGCCACGAGCUUGUCCUUGCCGAGCUCCUGUUCGAUCGUUUCUUCAACGAACUGUCCCCUGAGAUGAUCGCAUCUGUUCUUAGCUGCUUCGUUCUCGACGAGAAGCUGGAAACUGCCGCCCUGCGUGAGGAGCUGGCCAAGCCCUACCGUGAAGUGCAGGCCAAGGCCAAGCAAGUUGCCAAGGUCAGCCGUGAGAGCAAGCUUGAACUUAAUGAGGAGGAGUAUUUGGCUGGCUUUAAGUGGCAGUUGAUGGAGACUGUCUACUCAUGGGCCCAGGGCAAGCCUUUUGCAGAGAUCUGCAAAAUGACGAACGCCUACGAAGGUUCUCUUAUCCGUCUUUUCCGCCGUCUGGAAGAGCUCCUGCGGCAGAUGGGCCAGGGCGCAAAGGUCAUGGGCAGCGAGGAGCUCACCCAAAAGUUUGAGGACAGUCUUGCAAAGAUCCGCCGUGACAUCGUCGCCGCCCAGAGCUUGUACCUCUAA